AUGUUCAAGAGUUCAUCGUGGUCCAAAGGGCGGAAGGGUAUGGAUUUGUCUUGCAUCUUCGUGCAUGCGGGAGCGGGUUUCCACAGCAAGGACAAUGAGAACUAUCACCUGCAAGCAUGCAACGACGCAUGCAAGGCCGGCAUGGCCCUCAUGAAGACAGGCGGGUCAGCCACAGACGCAGUCGAGAUCGCCAUCAAAGUACUCGAAGACCGCGAGAUCACGAAUGCAGGCUAUGGCAGCAACCUCGGCUUCGACGGCGUGGUGGAGUGCGAUGCCAUCGUGGUGGACCAUUUCGGUCGCAGUGGCGCGGUAGGAGCUGUCGCACAGAUAUGGAACCCCAUCUCCCUCGCCAGGACACUGCUCGAUCAUUCUACCCAGUCGCUUUCCCUUCGCCGUGUGCCACCAAACCUGCUCGUCGCGGACGGUGCCACGAAGUUUGCCCAAGAACAUAGCAUACCCUCUGUGCCUUACGAUGCCAUGAUCUCACCUUUUGCGAAGCAUCGGUGGCAGAAGUGGCGAAUGGAUUUGGUCAAGGCAGAACAGUCAAAGAGGCGUGCGGAGGCUGAUCGGUCAGGCGUGCCACCUCCAGAAGAGUCGGCAGACCACUUGACAGGCUUUCAAUCUGAGCGAGACAACAACGAAAGUCUGCGUCGUGUCCACGAAAGUGCCAUGUCUGCUUCAUGCUACAACGACGCACAGCCAAUCUCGCCACCUCCUGUCAGCUCUCGCGAUGAUGGCGAUGAUUCAUCCUCGAACACCGGCCACUCCAAGUCCGCAACCUGGGGCACGCCUACUAGCCACGCAACUCGGGAUACUACCCCAGAAGAUCAUCCAGACCAAUACACUGACCCAUUUGGACCUCCGGAGUUGGCAGAACAGAUGGCACGGCAUCCUUUUGCGAACAGCACCCAAAAGCUGUCGCCGCGAGCGAGACUUCCUUCUUCCUUUCAGCCUCGUGGCAACGCUGAUGGUGGCCAGACAUCGCCAGACUUACCAAUGCGUGACUUUGGCGGGCUCGUGAUGCAACAUCCAUUCAGUGAUGCAACAUCUCCGACUGCCCGGGCACGCUCACAUGACGGCUCAUCAGGCUAUGACUCGGACAAUACUGCUACGAUUGAUGACACCGCGACCGUUGAGGACUACUUUAGUCCCAGCACGGCUCGCAGAGAAUCGACAUCCACCACUACAGCCACCCUCCCUCAUCCAGCAGAAGAUCUGCCUUUGCCGGAAUCGCCGGAAACAACCCACGCGCCCUUCCCAGUACCAUCCCCGUCUAUGUUUCCGCCAUACCCACCAGUGGAAGAGGGAGAAGACGUGAUCACGGACACUGUUGGCGCGAUCGCCAUCGACACAUACGGCAACAUUGCCUGUGGCGCUUCGUCUGGCGGUAUCGGUAUGAAACACCGUGGGCGUAUCGGGCCCGCUGGCCUUAUUGGCAUCGGUGCUCAUGUCAUACCAAUGGAUGAGGACGACGAGGAGAAGGCGACACUUGCCACGGUCACCAGCGGCACUGGCGAGCACAUGUCAACAACGAUGGCGGCCAGUGUUUGCUCGGAGCGGAUCUUCAGCAACACCAAGAGGCUUCGUGGCGGCAAGAUCGUGGAGUGCAACACCGAAGAGGAGGCGCUGCGCAACUUCAUCCAAAACGACUUCAUGGGUCAUCCUUCGGUCAAGAACUCCGAGUCCAGCGGCGCGAUCGGCACAUUGACUGUGAAGAAGACGAAAGAGGGCGUGUGGCUCUACUUUGGGCACAACACGGACUCAUUCGCCUUGGCGAGCAUGCACUCGGACGAGGCCAAGCCGGUCUGUUCCAUGAGCAGAAGCAUGGGUAAUGGCUCUCUGGCGCAGGGCGGGCGAGCGAUCCGGUACAGGAAGAAGAAGUGA